CUGACGUCCUGUCGACGGCAAACGGAACGAAUAAACGACGGAGAAACGGACGGUGUUUGUCUGCUCGAUCAUUUUGUGUGUGUGCUUUUCUUCAUCGCCGCCGAAAUAAUUGCUAAAUACUCGUUUCACUAUUGAUAGAAGUAAAAAGCACCUUUCCAGCAACAAAUCUAGCUGCUUUGAAGUUGCAAUAAGUGAAUUUAGAAGCCAGUUUGCUCUCAUCAUCUGGGUGUUAUUAUUGGUUCAUCUAGCUUCCGGAAGUGCGUUUUCCGGUGAAAGUUAGUGACGCUUAAUCAGCACAACUUCCGCCAAUUUCGCAAUAGCAUUCUUCUCAAUUCCAUUUUGGAGCGAGCCUAAAUAAUAGGAAUCCUGUAGAAACACUCGAGACACGAGCGGAAAGGAGCAGUUCUCGGCCAGAGAUAACCUUCAAGAUGGAUGCUUUGCCGGGACCUGCCUGUAUUACUAUUAACAAACCGAAAGCGGUCACACGUAGCUAGCUGCGCUGUUUACCUACCAAGUAGACGCAAAGUUUUGUCUAGGUGUUUUUAGAGGAAGCCAAAUAGUGCAAGUAAUAUUUUAUAGUUUUGUGUUUUCCUAUCAACGACAACGUUUUACACCUGUGAGUUAAAUCACUGAACUCACCUAGAGAUUCCAACCAAUCCCAGUGAGGUUUGUGCACAUUUCUGAAAGUGUUUAGUGACGGCGGCCACAGAGUAAUUGAGCACGAAUAAUAACACCCCCUGCACUGUAUUUUUAACACCGCCAAGAUGGUGAAGGAAAAGCCGAAUUCAACCAGAAUCUACGAUAAGGAUGGCUAUCGGCGCCGAGCUGCCUGCAUCUGCGUACGAUCUGAAGCGGAAGCUGAAGUUUUAUUAGUAACAUCGUCUCGCCGUCCUGAGUUGUGGAUAGUACCGGGAGGAGGAGUUGAACCAGAGGAAGAAUCAUCAUUGACAGCGACGCGCGAAGUUCUCGAGGAAGCAGGAGUUCUCGGCCAGCUGGGUAGAUGUCUAGGAAUUUUCGAAAAUACUGAGCACAUGCACCGGACCGAGGUCUUCGUCAUGGUUGUUACUCAAGAGUUAGAAGAAUGGGAAGACUCGAAAACGAUCGGUCGUAAACGGCAAUGGUUCUCGAUUGAGGAAGCUCUCACGCAGCUGGCUCUCCACAAGCCAACCCAGCGCCAUUAUUUGCAGCAGCUGCGUUACUCGAAAAACAACUCAUCAUCGACCGAGAACUGCAUACACGUGGUAAGUGAUGAGGCAGACGACGAGCUUGAAGGAGAAUCCACCGGUGUGGCGAAAGGAAAUAGAACCCCACCAGCGUCGAUCACAACAGAAGAAAGAAUGGAAGAAACAGACGGCACGGAUCAUCCGGAAGUACCAACGGAAGAGAGCUCUUAGGUUGAUUUGAUAAGAUCGCUUUGGAUUCUGGUAUGGCAAUCUGCUAUAAGAGAAAAAUUUCCGCUUAAUGUUGCCUUCACUUCCGCCCUCUUACAAUACGGAUCAAACGUCCCACACCAUUGAUAGCCAUUUGAGAUCACCAUAGUUAAGUGCAUCGUGUUGCGUUGAAAACCGCGUCCGUAGUCAAAUAAAAAAUCUUGAACUUUGAUCAAGUUCUUUAACCGAUUCAACCCUACCCAAUAGUUUAUCUAGGGAUUUUGUUUAGCCACCGACAACCAUGAGCUGCAAUUCGUCAAGAAAAUCUUCAUCAACGGCGGACAAUGCUAGUUUUGAAUUUUGCUUCUACACAAACCUAUGAAUGGUGGCUCAACAUUUCAUUGAACAUCAGCUUUAUCAAAGAAUCUGGACCAUUAAAUUAUACAGUUUAUUUUAUGUCGCAGGAAAGAGGGAAAAGAGCUAUUUCGGAAAGCUAAACUAUUUUAAGUGAAAUGAUGUUUUCAAAUCCCAGUCCGUACUCAGCCACACGAUAAGUCAUUUGAUCUAAUCGAUCUGCAAAGUAGUGAUGUAGGUAUAUAUAACAUUUCGCCGAAAGCCGUUCAAUUGCUGGAUAUAUAAUGCGCUGCGGUGGCAAUUUGAUUUUCGAUUAUUUCCCUAAAUUGUUAUGUAACGAAAGAAAAAGAUUAACAGUAAUUGCUUUUCUGAUAAGUUAGAAUGUAUUAAUUAAUUAUCUAUGUGGAAAAUCUAACACACUGGGUUUCGCGAAAUGUCAUAAAUACAAGCUAUUAAACUAUCUUGAAAAAUACACUUGUAUGUAUUCAACAACCCACGAUGAAGUCAUAUUACAAAUAACCUAGAAAGAAUAAUAAUACGAUACUACCUAAAACUAAUACGGAGGCAAGAAUAAAGUUUAACGCUUUCUAAUCAAUUAUGUGUACAUUAGCUAAACCCGUAAGAAUCAAACUAGAUGAGCAGCUCGGUGGUAACUGACUAAACUGACACAGCGCCAGCCUGCCUGUUAUACAUAUUUUUUCACAGCCAGAACUCAAGUUUUGCUGGAUUACGAUUAAACAGUAACUCUGUCCAUGAAUUUAUAUGCAUUCAUUCCCUCGUUUGCUGAGAUUUUCUAUCUUGACAGGACAGAUUUUGAACAGCGGAAAUGCAAUUAUUCGCUCCAUGAGUUGGUUAAUGUUCUACUCAUCGCAAGGUUCAGCUUGGAAUAGUUAUCAAGUGGAAAUGUUGAGAUCAAAAAGUGAUGCUACCAACUACAACGUAGAAAGCGGUCAAAAUGUGCUAGAAUAAACAUAUGAGUCGUGCAGGAAACAACGGAAAGUAAUGAACAUUAGAAUUUCUAAAUUUUACUUUGAAUACUUAUACGAAUAAUACAUUAUGAUAAUUUAUAUGACAGCGAUAAGUGUAAUUAUUGUCAAAAAGGAAACUAGAGAGCAAAAGGAAAUUCUUUAAGCAAGAAAUGCAUGAAAUGUAUUUGAAUUUAUUAAGAAAAA